AUGAGUUCUCAAAAAAAAAAUAUAUGGGAUAUUGCAAUACAACUAUCAAAAUCUGAGUCUCAAUUUGAUGGACUAAAUGGAAAAUCAUCGCUAGUUGUCAUCGGAAGUAAACGAGGAGGCAAAACAAGUCAUAUUUACAGAUUCAUUGACAAAACUGAUGUACCAAAACCUACAAUUGCUUUGGAGUAUAUGUUUUGUCGCAAACACAUCAAUAAUGAAACGAAUAAAGUUAUUUGCAAUAUAUGGGAAUUAGGCGGUGGAGUCAUGUUUACUAAUCUCAUUGAAUUUGCCAUAAAUAGUGAAAUGCUUGAGAAAACAUCACUUUUAUUAGCUAUUGAUCUCUCUAUUCCUGAAGAAAUGAUUAUAACAACUGAGACUCUUUUGAAUAGCAUUCGCGAACACAUAUCUAAUAUAAUUGACAAAAAUUUAGAGAAUAUUCUUAAAGAUAAAGCAAUCAACAGAAUUGGUAUCAAUCAUCAGGAUAUCAAUCAAAUUAAUUAUUUUCCGAUUCCAUUAGUAAUAAUAGGAACCAAAUUUGAUGUUUUUCAGAAUUUAGAUCCGGAAAAGAAAAAACUAAUCGUCAGAUAUUUGCGAAUAGUUUGUCAUUCAAUUGGCGCUCAAUUGAUAUUUGUGUCGACAAAAUCUGAAGCACUUAUGACAAGAAUUCGGCCCGUUUUGAAUGCAUUGGCUUUUGAGACAACCAUUGAUUCACUUCACUUUCAAAGUGAUUAUACCAAACCUAUUGUCAUACCAUUUGGAAGCGAUUCCUUUCAAAAGAUAGGAUAUGAGUCAAUAGAUGCCGUCAAACGCAUGUUCACAGAAAUAUUUCCUCAAAUGAUUACUCAAGUGGUUAUUCCCGACGAUCCGGCAAAAGAUAUCAAUUUCAAAGAAAGAGAUAUUGACUUAAUUCGGGCGCAAAAAGAUAACGAAUUAGAAGACUAUAGAAGACAAUCAUUGGUUAAACAUAACCAUUAA